CCGUCCCUCUUUCCUCAAAUGUCGUCAACCAACAUCUGAGCACUGGUCAAUCAGUAUUCGACUAUUAUUGUAUCAAACAAGAUCCUUCAGUCUUACACUCAUUACAAUAUUUUUGAUGGCGCGCACCGUUCUGGUCACCGGAGCAAGCGGUCUUCUUGGACGACAAGUGCGACUGGCAUUUGAGAUUGAUGGCUGGAAUGCAAUCGGCACAGCCCUGAAACGAAUUAAUCCUCCAGAGGUGAUCAGUCUGGAUAUUUUGGAGCAAAAACAAAUUGAGCGUGUUCUCGAUGAUGUCAAACCUGAUGUCGUGAUACACUGCGCAGCCAACCGCUUCCCUGACUCGUGCUCCUCGGAUCCAGAAGCAGCCAAAGCUAUCAACGUAGAUGCAAGCGGUUUCUUAGCGAAAGCCACCAUUGCUCGAGGUGCUGUGCUCAUUUAUAUCUCUACUGAUUACGUCUUUCCGGGCAGAAAGGGAGAUGCCCCUUAUGCUGUUUCUUCUACCCCAGAUCCGCCAAACGUCUACGGCCAAACCAAAUUGGAUGGCGAGAAAGCUGUUUUACGUGCAGCUCAGUCUGCAGGAGCGAAGAACAAAGCCAUCGUUCUACGAGUUCCUAUUCUCUAUGGAAAAUGUGAUGAGCCUCAUGAAAGCGCGGUCAAUGUUCUUAUGUCCCAACUUUGGGCCGCACAGAAAAUCGAGAACGGGCAGAAAAUCAAAGUUGACGACUACGCACUGCGGUACCCAACCAACACCUCUGAUGUUGGGCGUGUGUGUCGCGAGAUUGCAGAUCGUUAUCUGAAAGCAUCGGAUUCUGCUGAAACCCUUCCCGAUACCCUACAGUUUAGCUCCGAGGAUCAAAUGACAAAGUGGCAGAUGGUACAAACGUUCGCAGAUAUUAUGGGCUUGCCUCUCGAUGGUAUGGAGCCUUCCAAACCAAAUGAAGCCGAGCUUGAGGGCGUCCAGAGACCGUACGAUUGCCAUUUAGACACGAGCAAUCUCAAGGAUUUGAACAUCGAUGUGAGCACUGUACACUUCCGAACUUGGUGGCGGAUGGAAGUAGGGGCGUUUCGUUGA